GUUUUAAUGUGAGCGAGUAUGACAGCUCUUAUGUUAGUUGGAUUUGUGAUUAAACGCUUCGAAAUGAAGCUCUCCUGCCCUCUGAUCUGUGGGCUCCUUUUGUCCUUCAUUUGCUUCAGAGUUUCAAGUGAGGAUCUGUCUGUGAUUCAGAGUCCAUCCAGCAUCACUGUGGAUGAAGGACAAUCUGCUCGAAUCAGCUGCUGCUGGAGUGAAACCGUAGGGAAUGCUAAAGUUGCUUGGUACAUCAAUGAGGCAAAACAAAAGCAGGAUCCCCAAGAACAUACAACACAGAACUGUACAGCUCUGAACCUCACAAACAUACUUAAAAAUGCUUCAGGUCAUUAUGUUUGUGAAGUGAUUCAAGACAUACCAAUCCUGCUUCAGAAGAAUGGUAGUGGAACAGUCAUAACUGUCAAUGACAUACUAAUAGAAACUACAACAACUGUCAAUGUUCACACACUUUCAAACCCAGCAGCGGGUGAGUAUAACAUGUUACUGAAAACAUAUUGUUCUGUGUAGCAGUUAGUCCAUGUUGUCUGGAUGUGUUGAGUCAGGGAUCAUGUGGAUGAUUUCGGUUUCUCAAUGUCUUUUGUCAUUCUCUGUUGUCUGUGUCUAAUAAAAGUGCAUAAUAUGUUAAUAAUAUUUUAAAUGUAUAAUAGUUUCCUAAAUUAACAAACAAUUUGUAAAAUGUCAGAAUUAAUAAUCGUCAUUAUAAUUUCUCAUUAAAGUAAAGCCAGAUGUCCAGACAAAUC